GGUUUGUGCUCCUUCCACGUCGAAGGGAAGUCUUUUGGGUUGGGCAGAGAGAGAUGGAAACAUCUGUUCUGAACUCCAUAAUCGAGAGGCUUCUCAGUGUCAGAGGCAAGCCAGGGAAGCAAGUGCAGCUCUCAGAAGAAGAAAUCAAGCAGCUCUGUUUCGUGUCCAGGGACGUCUUCAUGAGCCAGCCCAAUCUCUUGGAGCUUGAAGCACCCAUGAAAGUUUGCGGAGAUAUCCACGGCCAGUAUAGUGAUCUCCUAAGGAUUUUUGAGUUCAGUGGACUCCCACCUCGUUCAAACUACUUGUUCCUGGGAGAUUAUGUUGAUCGUGGACAGCAAAGCCUGGAAACAAUUUGCCUUCUCCUCGCCUACAAAAUCAAGUACCCACAAAACUUCUUCCUCUUGAGGGGCAACCAUGAAUGUGCAUCUGUGAACUGCAUUCACGGAUUUUACGACGAGUGUAAACGGAGAUUCAAUGUCAAGCUCUGGAAGAUAUUCAACGAUUGUUUCAACUGCCUCCCUGUGGCAGCUCUUAUUGACGAUAAGAUACUGUGCAUGCACGGCGGACUCUCUCCUGAUCUCAACAAUUUGAACCAGAUCAAAAGGUUACCUCGGCCCACCAAUGUUCCAGAGGAGGGUUUGCUAUGCGAUCUUCUCUGGUCCGAUCCUAAUAAGGACAUUCGAGGAUGGGGGCCGAACGACAGGGGAGUCUCCUAUUAUUUUGGCCCUGACAGAGUGAUGGAUUUUCUUAGGAGGCUGGAUCUUGACUUGAUUUGCCGUGCUCACGAGGUUGUUGAAGAUGGGUAUAAGUUUUUCGCCAACAAGCAACUCGUGACCAUAUUUUCGGCGCCUAAUUAUUGUGGGGAGUUUAAUGCUGGUGCUGUGAUGACAAUUGAUGAGAACCUUUUGUGCUCUUUCCAAAUACUCAGUCCUGCUGAUAAGAAUCUGAAAUUCAGCAUCGAGGGCACUGCGACGGCUAAAUCUACUGCGUUUACAAAUAAAGUCAAGGUCACAACUUUGUCUCUGUGUUUAGUUCUUCCGAUAAGAAUGUCGAAAGAUUUCUUCUGACGGCAGGAGGGUGUAUCUUCUUCUGCAAUGUACAAAAAAUUGAGUGAACGGCCAAGGAUGGCUAAUUGCAGAGUGAUGCUACUUGCUAAGGUUGUUCAAAGAUUAUGAAGCCGCAUUGUUGAACUGCCGCUCCUUUUUGCUUGUUGAGAAAGAAUUACAGCCUAUACUUUACUAAGAGCACUUGAUUGCUCUUGAAGGAUUGAUAUCGAGGGGUUGAGAUAUCAAUCAUUGGGUUCAUAUGGUUAAGGGGAUGAUGUACAUGCUUGCUUAAUGUU